GCAUAUACAUCGAGUUCACAAAAAGCCAGCCAUCACCACCACACAACGGAAUCUCCUCAGUGGCCUUCCGAUCCACUAUGGGGCGAGUUUUUCGAGAAAGUGGGACGCGGUGAAAACCCAAUUUGGCCUACAGUAACCCGAGGCGAGAGACUCUCCCUGGACGGUGAUAAUCGUCGACAUGAGUAUGAAGCGUUGGCGUUGGGCGACGAGAUAGAUUUUCAGAUCCAUGAGAUUGGAGACGUGGAAAGCCUUUUCUCGUCAGGACCACGUCCAUCAAUUACGUUGGCUCUGAUACUCAUAGCUGGAUUGAUCUUUGCCUAA